UAUGAAUAAUCUUGAUUUUUAAUUUGAAAUAGGUGUACCUGCCAUUAAAUUACUUGAGUUAUUGAGGGAUCUCAACGAAGAAUUGAAAUACUUUAAGGAUGAUGACCUUCUUCUCUAAAGCACCCCAUAAAUACUUAUUGAGGAUCCUUUUAAAUUUCUAAAUCUUACAGAAGAUUAUAUGGAGAGAGAAUAUUCAAAUGAGGUUCCUACUUCUGUAUCUGCCUAAAAACCAGGAAAGAAAACACUCAAAAAUAAUUUUAUUUAUGAGAAUGAAGAAAAACCUUACAAAUGUGGGCAUUGUAAUGAAUUAUUUACACACUCACGUUAAUUAGGUGGACAUAUUUAAAAAAGGCAUCGUAAAGAAAAAGUCGAAUAAUCUUCGACAAGUAGUUUCUAACUCAGAAAAAAAUAAAAAUAUGAGUAGUGAG